AUGGACUGGCUCACAGUCCUUCUCCUGCUCACCGCGCUCUUCAGCGCUCCCGGUUCCGGCACUCCCGUCUCUCUCUCCGGAGAUCUUGUCGGCCCCGUCGACAUUGUCUUGAACAAAGCCGCGCAACCUUGCCCAGAUGGCAAACUGAUCUUCGGCUGGGGCAACAGCACUAGCAAGAAGACUUAUGUCUACUACUACGGCUGCCUCGAUCCCAACGUCUGCUAUGAUGUUCGCAAGGAGAGCAACGACGACAUCCGGACUGCUUGGCCGCUGUACUGGGAUAGGGAGUGCGCUUUGUUUGAACACAUCGGAUGCAACGGCAUCGCAAUGCCAAUUCUGCAUCCUGACCUCGAUGAGGUCCGCGAGACGAAGAUGAAGAACAUUGUCUCGAGCUACCGCUGCAAGCUCAUUCCGGGCUGGAAGAAGCCACCGGGCACCUGUCCCUUCUGGCCGAACCCGCCUGAUGAGAACUGUCCUUCACCGACUCUUGCGUCUAGGGACUACGGUGCUGAGGGUCUCGAGGCCUAUCCGGAUGUUGAGUGGGUUGAGGAUGUGCCCGAGGCUCAUCGUGCUGGGGUUGCUGAGCCGCUUCAGUCUGUCGCGGCUGUUGGGUUCGCUCAUGCGGUCCGUACCGUCGAUGCUGGCGUUGAAUACGUCAAGUCAGUUGAUCUAGCUGACCUACAGAAGGGGGAUCCUUUGCCGUGUUCAGACGAGUCCUACUGGCGAUACCCCUCCGACCUGCUCUAUGUCCGCUACGGUCUCGUAAGGCCUCUUCCGCCACGCCACGCGAUGGCACUGAUUCUAGCUGCCUGUCAACUGAAUCAAGGUCAAUGCUACAACAUGCAACUGGAGGCGAAUGACUCUGUCUGGAGUUUCCUUCCGGUCAUCGAGAGCUAUUGCGUCGUCUACAAGCUCAGGGACUGCGCCGGUCACAACUACGCCAUCCGGUACCCCGGCAUCUUCACGGCGUUCGAUCCCAACCUGGACAUCAAGAGCUACCUCUGCAAGAAGCUGGACGAAACAAUCGUCGUCACUACCACCAUCGGUGAAGAUACCCUUGAGGACGACGGUGUCACCACUCUCGCAUCGGACUCUUUUGUUUAUGGUGGUGAUGCCAGCGACAAUGUCCGCAACAUGGCUCGAGAUCUCGAGGCACGUCAGAUCGUCUGCACGUGGGGUAGGAUCCCCGUCCGUCUUUGCACCGACGAGUCCUGCGGCACCCACUGCGUCUUCCCGUACGAGUGUACCGUCGUCGCCAGUCUCGGUGAAGCAAUGACCGAUGAAGCUACCUCAUCCCUCUCCGACAUGGCUGCAAAUUGCUACGCAUACGAAAAUGAAAAGUGCGAAGGCAGCGGCCGAAAGAUCGACCAAGAGGGCUAUGCGACCAUGGCAACUGGCGGCCAGCCCUCCAGUUUUAGAUGCAGCUCCAUUCCAUCUGAGGAUCUCACCCACUGGCUUCACAAGCGCCAGGUCUCCUGCGGCCCGCCAAAUGUUCUCGUCAACAUCUGCAUCGAUGAUCUCUCCUGCGAGGUCUACUGCAUUCCUUCCAGCCAGUGUGUCAACAUGAGCAAGGCGAUCAACAAUCCUGCCAAUCGGUUCGCGGCGUUCGGGGAAGCGCACUAUUGCCAGGCCUUCAGGGAUGAGAACUGCCGUCAGGGCAAGGGCGUGAGGAUCGAUCCUGGAAGCGGCCGUACCGACACGACGCAGCUUGGCGGCGACUUCUACAGCUUCAGGUGCGACUUCACUCCGCCCAGCGAAACCAUCCAAGCUCGCGAUGAUGGCAACACGCUUGAUGUUUCCGACACCGCCGACUCGCUCGCGUUCGAUGACACCUCCUCCGUGCCCGAUACUGUCGACGUUGCGCCACCGCUCGAGGCGAACGAUGCUAUUGUAUUGCCAGCGAGCACCGGUGUUGCCGCCUCGGCCGAGCAGAUGUGUGAACUCCACGUCAGCGUGUGCGCCCUGUCCGUGUGCCACACCGUCUGCAUAUCCCGCAAUGUCUGUUACAACAUCACGCCUCAUUUCAACGACAAGGUUGACGCCCUCUGGAUGCGCGCCAAUAACUACUACUGCCAUGUGUAUGAGUAA